CAAGAUGGCAAAUCCCACAGACCCAGAGUGAAGGGGCAACGCUCCCCGAAAACUGAGCCUGUCGCCUUUUCAGAGACUCACGCUGCGAUGCAAACGACUCCAAGAGGUCUUGGAGGGGUUCUCUGAAGAAAAAUGCCAGGGAAACCAAUGUGACACUGUGGAGAAAGCUGACUCAUCAGAUAUCAAGGAGCUUUCAAGUGUCUUCUCAUGCAGGGAUUGAAGACAACCUCAAUUACAACAGCAGAAAUUAAGAAAGGCAAGGCAAGGCAAAAAUAAACAGAGGAGUAAAACAAUUUGGCACCAGAAGAAAUGAGAGUGCUGCUGCCACCAAAGCUAAGAAUAGAGUCCCAGCUCUCCAGCUGAAUCGUGUCAUCUUCUGACUGAGUCCACCGCGUGUCCAGCAACUCCAGAUACCUUUUCGACCGCUUUCACGUCGGAGGAAGGUUUGUGGGCGGUGGCUUAUCUGUCCCGCCGCAGUCUUGCCCUGCCUCUGCCCCCGUCUGCAGACCAUGAUGUUUCGUGACCAGGUAGGCGUCCUUGCCAGCUGGUUCAAAGGUUGGAACGAGUGUGAGCAGACGGUGGCACUGCUAUCACUUCUGAAGAGGGUGAGCCGGACCCAGGCCCGUUUUCUGCAGCUCUGCCUGGAGCACUCGCUUGCUGAAUGUACGGAGCUGCAGGUUCUGGAGGCGGAGGCCAACAACCCAGGAGUGAUCAGCCAAUGGCAAAGUGAGCCAAAGGAGAGGGUCAUCUCACUUGUCCUUACACAUCUGCCGUUGCUCAAACCCGGCAAUGUUGAAGCCAAAGGGGAGUACAUGCGACUGCUGCCACGGAUCCUGGCCCAUACCAUCGAGCAUGGCCACCAUCUAGAAGAGUCUCGCCAGCUCCUGUCUUACGCCCUUAUCCACCCGGCCACCUCCCUGGAUGACCGAGCUGCCCUUGCACUGUGGCUCAACCACCUGGAGGAGAGGGCAGCAGCAAGGGGAGACUCCUUGGAGAGGCCUCCCCCUGCAGGGCCCGGCCACCACCACCACUCUACGCCUUCGUCUACUCUUACAUCGUCAGGCUCUUCCUCCUCCACCAACAGCUCUUCUUUAGGUAGCUCCUACUCGUUGCAUCACCAUCAGCGUUAUGGCUCAGAUGACCGUCUCAAUGGCUGGCAAAGUUCGAGAGAUUCUGGGAUGGGAGGCAGCUGGCACCAGCAGCAGCAGCAAAGCUGUGAAAAUGGUCAUCUGCUUCUUUACCCAUCAUCAUCUGUACCAACAACAAUCAACACUGUUGGGACCGGAAGCACUGUUAUGACCAGUGGAGGUGGCGGACAGCAGCACAGUCCCCUAAAGCGCUCUGUGUCACUCACUCCUCCAAUGAGUGGCCCCAAUAACCAGCCUCUGGGCCACGUCUGGUUGUCCCAGGAAGACCUACGUAGCAACCGAGGCCCAGCUCUCGACCAUGCUCCGCUCUCUCCCCAAAGCAGCAUUGCUUCCUCAGGCAGCGGAGGCAGCGAGCACCUGGAAGAUGCUGGUUUGGGAGGUGGCUCCAUUUUGCAUCGUAGUUCUUUUCACGAAGAGGGCAGCGGCAUGAGAGAUGUUCCAGCUUGGUUGAAGAGUCUCCGUCUUCAUAAGUAUGCUGCUUUGUUCUCCACCUUGACCUACGACGAGAUGAUGUCCCUUACAGAGGAGCAGCUAGAGGCACAGAAGGUCACCAAAGGAGCAAGACACAAGAUUGUCAUCAGCAUUCAAAAACUUAAAGAGAGACAGAUGCUUUUGCGCAGUCUGGAGAAGGACGUGUUGGAGGGCAGCAACUUACGCCUUCCCUUGCAAGAACUCCACCAGAUGAUCAUGACGCCAAUUAAAUCCUUCACCGGUGGUGAUGAGACGACUCUGCAGCGCCCCCUUCUAAACCCAGAAAGCAAAAGUGCUGCCCCUGGAUCCCAUCUGGCUGGUGGAAGUAGCAGUGAGGCUGAGUCUGGUUCUAGUGUCAUCGCGGAAGGUGACAUACCAAGCCAGUUCACACGUGUCAUGGGCAAAGUUUGCACUCAGCUUCUGGUAUCCAGAUCAGAUGAGGACUGCAUCAGCUCCUACCUACAACUCAUCGACAAGUGCCUUAUCCACGAGUCCUUCACUGAGACCCAGAAGAAGAGGUUGUUGUCAUGGAAACAGCAGGUCCAGAGGCUGUUCAGGUCCAUUCCAAGAAAAACCCUACUUGACAUUGCCGGUUAUCGAACGCAGAGAAGCCGCGGGGUCGGUCAGUCCAACUCUCUGCCAGCUUCAAACUCUCUUGGGGGAAGCAUGUCAGUCAGGAGGAGCCUUCGUCAGUAUCAAAUGCCCUCCAGGAGCUUGCCAGUGGCCAGGUUGGGUAUUCUGGGCAGCAGUGGCCUGCUAGGGCCGACACCCCGCAGCUCCAGUAGCACACCCACCGGACCCAAGCAGGGAAGACAGGGUUUAUGGUUCGCCAACCCUGGAGGCAGCAACAGCAUGCCCAGCCGGACCCACAGCUCGGUGCAGCGGACCCGCUCCCUUCCAGUUCACACUACGCCACAAACCAUGGCCAUGUUCCAGCAAGCAGAUCUCCAGUUGCCAGCGACGGAGCCGGACAUCAACAACCGUCUUGAAUCUCUGUGUUUGAGUAUGACUGAACACGCCCUUGGAGAUGGCGCUGAUCGCACGUCCACUAUCUGAUGGAGGACCAGAGUGAGAGCAGCGGGGCAGCACAGGUUCACAUGGCGCUCUCACUAAUAGGUCACGCCGAGGUCACCAGCCGCCCUGUCCCCUCUGCCUGCAGCUAACGGUGGAGCUCCAUCACUGGACCUGGGCGCCAUCCAAGAAACACACGCCGUAACACUGGGCAUCGUCUAUCGAGGUGGAAAACCGCACUUCCUGCUUUGCCUGCACGCUUACUGUUGUCUGGCUGAGCGGAAGAUGGGCGUGGACAGAGUGUAUGUGUGUACAGCGCCCCACUGAGGCGGCCUGAAGUAGUGCUAGAAUGGUGCAGGUCAGAAACCCAGUGAAAAUGAGGACUUUUCAAUUUGGACUCCCACCACGUGCCAGUGGCGUCUUUCAAAUCCACAAGUACCUCAGUCCCGCCACACAGAAGGCUGCCGGUUGCGUAGCAAACAUCCUUUAUUUCUUUAAGAUUGUUUACAUACUGAUGCUACUUUCAGAGGGUACAGACACAAAUUCUAGGUAUGAGUGCUGACAAAUCCGAAAAGCGUCAGCUGUCCCACGGCUUUUCACCUGCAAGUAGCCGUCAGGCGAGUUUACACCAAUGUGUGCUGUUUCUUUAUUUAAUCGGCCACUGUGAUAUGGCCUUAUGAAAUAAGAGUGUGAUGGGAUGAAGAAGGAAGGAAGGGAGGAUGGGUGUAAGUGGAAGAAGAGAGUGAGAAGAAAGUUGCAGGAAGUUGAAGGAAUGACGGUCAGAAGUGAAAAAGGGACUUCAGAGGCAGGACCUCUGAUUGGUGGAAGAUGUCAGUGGAGGAUGAUGUCACGUCUUCAGUCCAGCUGCCAAAGUCAGUCUGAGUCUGCACGUCAUGAUCGCAGCCUUGUCUUUUUUUUGGGAGCUGAAGUGAGAGUGGGAGACUGUUUAAAUGUUAAGUUGAGGAGAGAUUCGUACAAGCUGUUGGGACUUGAACAGCCAAUCGGUGAAGGGUCAACACCCAGAGAUUGUCUGGUUCGUUUUUUUUUGUGUGUGUUUUUUGCGCCACCUGCUGGCCGAACACUGUCAGAACAGGAGUGGGUCAUGCUGACUAAAUGUUCAUUUCCGGUGGUCACCGGCCAAAGUAGACGUCGAUCUUUUUUAUUAUGAUUAUUAUUUUUAUAUUCACAGCUGUUUUUUGUCUUAAUAUUUAUCCCCAGUUUAUCAUGUCUGGACUUUGGGAGGAAAUAAGCUGGUUUCGUCAUCAGGAGGUUUAUGUUAUGUAGAGUUUCGGUUGGUUGUUUUCUUUAUAUCCUGCACUUGAUGUAAGAAUGUGAUACACUCAGAUCCAAAUAGCUAAAACAUUAGCAGCAGUGUUUGGGAGAGGAGUCUGCGUCCGUGGCGUCGUCACGUCAGGAGCGACGGAUACUCCAGUGACGGAGCUGUCGGACCACGUCAACAGUAUUGCUGCGUGUGUUCUUCUGCCAUUUAUUUGAGCUGAACCGUGACCCUAGAGUGCAGAAGCGGUUUGGACUGGUGUGUUGCUAACGGUGUUUUUGCUCAUCACAGCACUUAAACUCAGACAUGCAGAGGAAGCAGCCGACACUUGAAGUGUCUCACUCUGUGCUGCAGCAUCAAAGUCCCACCAAAGCAUGAAUGUGACGGAGCAGCCUGUCGCAUCUUCUGCUGCUCCUCUUCAGUAGGACGCAUCAGGACCUCACUGCCAUAUGAACCCGUACUUACUGUAGGAACUGUUAUUUAUUCUCUUGUUGUUUUGAUCGUUGUUGUUGCAGGUGAUGCUUUUACUCAGCUAGGUGUUUUAUUAUUUAAAGUACCGUAUGUAUUAACAAGUUAUGGCUGGUGACCAUACAGACAUCUCAAAUAUUAACAUAGAUAUUGUUGCUUUCCUUUGUUGUUCUUUUUGCUUGACUAUUGUGGGUCGUAUUUUUGUUGAAUUGUUGAACUGAGCACCGUCACAGAAGAAACAGGUUAGUAUUCAGAUCUUGGUCCAGUGUAGAAGGUCUGGAUGUAGUUUAGGUUUAGUGUCAACCACCGGCCGCUGUCUUGGUGCGCAGUUGGUAUUUUAGUCAAUAGCUUCGUGCCCUGCGGUCAGUGUCAUCUGAAGUUCAAAGCUUGUUGGUCGUCGAUCAGUCCGCCACAGUACUGAACUUUUGCACGGCUAGUGAGUCAGGUCAUCAUCAUGAAACCAACACUUGAUCGAGUCUUUCUUGGACACCAUGUGCUCCUCUGGUGUCAGAAGAGUGCGGGACAGACUCUCUAUAUCCACUGUGCCAUUGGAUUCUGUCCUGUCCGACCUGUUUAGGAGGUCAUGUUGGACCCUUCCUCUUCAGCCAGGGCCUGGAAGUGCCCCCCGUGUGUCGGUCUCGCAGCGGUUUUCAUGUGUCUUGGCCAGGUGUUGCUCCUGGGGAACCUUUAGCCAACAUCCAAGAGACUUUCACAACCCUCUGGUCUCUCUGGUCCUCCCAUCCUGCUUCUAGCCUUUGUUGUUCACUCUUUCAAGCAGAUGCUGGAGGUAGUUGUGGUGGGUGAGGCAGCGUUGAUGGUGGUUUUCUUGCGUUCACCCACCAGGCUUUGGAAUAGACCUUGAGUGGGGAUGUGCCAUGUUGUUUUUCACUUGUUGACUGGAGUAACUUUAGACAGUGCCAGAUUUGAAUUGCCCUACGGAGCCUUUCACCCAAAAGGCUCUUCAAGACGUGAAAGAUAAAGUUAUAUUUUUCUCAGCUACUGAGGAACUGCAGUUUUCUAUAUGGUAGCUUGGAAUCGUGGCGGAACGGCAGCGAUUACAAAUCUCUUCAAACCAAAAAGGAUGUAUGACAGGGGGCGCUAUGGUCACCGUGCAGUAUUAACAAUACUUUGAUGUUCCAAAAAUGUUCAGCAGUAUAGUUCAAUUCUAGACAUGGAUGCCGUUUUGUUUUCUGCCAUAGUGUAGUCUAGGUCACUUUCUUUUUUGUUUUGUUUUGUUUUGUUUUUAUAAGCAGCAUCAUCCAUUCUGUAACAGAUUUGUGCUUUUUAUUUUUCCCGUUUAUCAUGUCAAAGAGCCUAUGUCCUGUAUUGACUGCAGGCUUGCAUAUAUAUUUGGCAACAGAAUAUUGUAUGUUUUAAUAAUAAAAAAACACAAAAAAUUACAAAAAGGACAUUUUAAAAAAAGCAGGGAAAAAAAGUAAAAAAUGUAAUUUAUAUUUUUAAACUGCAUGCACAAGGCUGGGACAGUCGUAUUUAGAAUAACAAAUGGCAGUGCCUUCUUUUGUACUCAAGACAUUUACCCCAAAUGGUUUUAUAUGAACUUAAAAAAAAAACUGAAAUGUUACGGGAUGAAAUUGUGAGCUGAUGUUCACACUGCAGCUUUAAGUUUGCUAGUGAUCACCUCUAAAUAGGAUUUUCAAAGUCUGACUAAAAGUCUCUGUUUCGGUCAGACGGUCAAAUGGAAAAAAAAAAAACGUCUCACUUGAUUAACAUGGAAUUAUUUGAUACCAGUCGGAGGGGGAGCGGAUUUGACCGUUGUUUGUUGGAUCUGUUUCGAUAAAGGUCGUGCAUUAAUUUGGGAUAUUGCGGUUGGAAUUUCAAAGCGGCGGUGAAUCGGCCACUGGUGUUUUGUACUAGGUACUUAUGCUGACAUGAAGUUUAGAAUUAUUACGGUUUGUAUAAAAGCGUGCGUGCGUGACUGACUGUGUGUGAGAGGCCGCGUGUGUGUAUGAGGGAAUUUAAAGUGUUACUAUUGUUUUGCUGUCUUUUUUGUUCCAUCGUACCAGAAUGCUGUGACUUGGCAUGCUCUUCUCAUCAUAAAGAGUUGUAACUCCUCCUGGUGUCCGCGUCUCUUUUCCUCGCUCAUCUGUUGGUCCAAAUACAAUUUCAAGUGGAAUCACAGGAUCCUCCACGGGAUCAACUAC